AUGGUCGACAUCGUCCCCCUCUCCUCCUACCCCUCCUACAUCGACCUCCUCCCCGCAAUCCAAACCUGCAACAUCACAAACCUCCCCGAGAACUACUUCCUGAAAUACUACCUCUACCACGCCCUGACCUGGCCGCAACUCAGCUUCGUCGCCGUCGUGCGCCCGCGCAACGGCUACAAGAAACCAAACGACCUCUCCGGCCAGUACCCCAAGGUUGUCGGGUAUGUGCUCGCAAAGAUGGAGGAGGAGCCGACGGACGGGGUGCAGCAUGGUCAUAUUACGAGUUUGAGUGUGAUGAGGACGCAUAGACGGUUGGGGAUUGCAGAGAGGUUGAUGAGGAUGUCUCAGAGGGCAAUGUCUGAAUGCCACCGCGCAAAAUUCGUCUCCCUGCACGUCCGUGUCUCCAACAAUGCCGCCCUCCGCCUCUACCGCGACACACUCGGCUUCGAGGUUGAGACCGUCGAGAGCAAGUACUACGCCGACGGCGAAGACGCGUAUGCCAUGCACAUGGAUCUAUCGAAUAUGUGGCUCGACUGGGCCGAGAUUGAGCGGAAGGACCGCGCCCGCCAUGCGAGCGACGAGAAGGAUGAGGACGAGGGCGACGAAGUUGGCGAGGUCGGAAAGAAGGAGCAGGAGGAGAAGAAGACGGUCAAGGUUAAGGUUGGGAGAGGCUUGGGAGUUGGUGACUUGGUUGAAAAGAACGAGGCCCAGGCGGCUUCGUAG